UUGUUGGACAGCUACCUGGGAGGCCCAAGAAGAAAAGGCCAGGAUGAAGCAAAAGGAAAAAAGAAAGUGGUCAAAACUGCUACUGGUUUGAAACUGACCAAAAGAGGAGUUGUCAUGAAGUGCUCAAUUUGCAAGCAACCAAAUCAUAAUUCAAGGGGCUGCCAUAAAAACCCACUUUGUAGACCCACCAACCAAGGUCUGGAUGUACCAGCAGCUACUACCAAUGGAAAGAGAAAGAAAAGAGGUUUUGAAGGUACAUCAACAGGUUUUGAAGGUGCACCUAAUGGAAAAAGGAAGUCUGUCACUAAUGUUUUUGUUGUUUUGAAGAAUAAGGAAAAAGGUCUUGAAGGUACAAGUAGUGGUGUAAAUGUGUCUGUGGUUGUCACUAAUGCUACAUCAAGUGCACCUAAUGGAGAAGGAAAGAGUGCAUCAUCUAAAUCAAAACUGAACAUUUUCACUCAAGAGAAAAGAAUGACAAGAGAAAAGAAUGACAAGAACUUCUGCCAGAUUAAUGCGUAUCAAAAGUCCAGGUAUAAUUUGUCGAGCUCC